AUGGAGUCGGCCGACCUUGCCCGCGACUUGGCGCCGGCCCAGCGCGACGCGUCGACGGGGGCGUUUCUUCACCCGCCGCACUGGGGCUUUCGCAUGGUGACGUUCAUGGACUUUGCUCGGUGGAAGUGGAGCACAACCGCGCUCGGACCGCAAGUGCCCACGGACGCCGCCGAGCUCGACAAGGUGCUGCCGGUGCGGACGCCAAACUUUGGCCCUCAAAUUCCGACUGGCAAAGCGCGCAUUACGUGGCUCGGCCAUGCCUCCGUGCUCCUCGAAGUCCCUGUCGGUGCUGAUGGAACGACCGCCACCAUUCUUACGGACCCCGUCUUUGUCGAGCGUUGCAGCCCAUUCCAGUGGGUUGGCCCCAAACGGUACCGCCCCGCGCCGCUUCAAGUUGCGGACCUUCCGCGCAUCGAUGCGGUUGUGCUGAGCCACAACCACUACGACCACAUGGAGACUACAACGCUCACGCAGCUCCGUCUACGGUUCCCAGACCUGCAAUGGUUUGUGCCGUUGGGCAACGCCCACUACUUGACGCCGCUCGGUAUUCCACGCAGCCGGAUCACGGAGCAAAACUGGUGGGACUCGACGACGAUUUCGCUCCACGGCGCAGCCUUUACGUUUUCCCUUGUCCCGGUCAUGCACUGGACGCGCCGCGGAGUGCUCGACACAAACAAGGCGCUUUGGGGCGGCUGGGUCGUCCAAGGUCUUGGCGGCUCCUUCUUCUUCUCGGGUGAUACGGCCUACUGCUCGGCGUUCAAAGCCAUUGGCCACAAGUUUGGCGGCUUCAGCGUCUCGGCGAUCCCGAUUGGCGCCUACGGCCCGCGCGAGGUCUUUAGCGUGCAGCAUUGCGACGUGCCCGAAGCGAUCCAGAUCCACAAGGACGUCCAAAGUCAUUCGUCGCUCGGAAUUCACUGGGGUACGUGGGUCAUGACGGAAGAGUACUAUCUCGAGCCGAAAAUGGAACUGGAGCGGCUCAUGGCGUGCGAGGACUUUACGCCCGACCACGUACCGCUUGACCGCGUGCCGAUCCCGACCAUCAUUCCGGACGAGUUCGACGACGUCGUGUCGCCUGCCUGGCCGGAACAAUCCGCCGCGACGUCUACCGCUCCAAGCGAGACGGACCCACGCGACGCUCACGCCCAAGAUGAUCAAGAUGCCCAAGGCGAUCAAGAUUAUCUUGGGCGUGAGCGUCGCGUGGGUCCGUCUCGCUUGGAGCAGUAG